CACGUUCUGACAUGCAUGAAGUUGACACUCCGCCCUGCACACUGCUCUAGAGGAAGUCACACUGCCACGCGCAUACAAAAAGGAAGGAGUGUGUGUGAGUGUGUGUUUGAGAGUAGAGAGAGUGUGUGUGAGUGUGAGAGUAGAGAAGUGAAGAUGGCUGAGAAUAGAACGAGCUCCAACAUCAGCGGAAACCUCGGAGCUGGAGCCGGAUUCCUGGCCAAGAAGUUCCAGAAGUCCAUGAACAGAGCACAGGAGAAGGUCCUUCAGAAACUCGGGAAAACCAUGGAGACCAAAGACGAGCAGUUCGAGCAGUGUGCAGCAAAUCUGAACAAACAACAGACGGACGGUUCCAGGUUGUAUAAGGACGUGAAGGCGUACUACAACGCAGUCAAAGCGAUGCACGAGACGUCGAAACGUCUCUCCCAGACGCUGAAGGACGUGUACGAGUCGGACUGGCAGGGCGUGGAAGAUCUGUCCGUUAUUACGGAGAGCGAGGACCUGCUGUGGAAUGAUUACGAGGAGAAGUUGAGCGAUCAGGUGGUUCGCACGAUGGAGAACUACACCAGCCAGUUCCCUGAUGUCAAAGAGCGAGUUGCUAAACGUGGACGUAAGCUGGUGGAUUACGAUUCGGCUCGUCAUCAUCUGGAGUCGCUGCAGAGCGCCAAGAAGAGAGACGACGCCAAAAUAUCCAAAGCGGACGAAGAGUUCAAUCGAGCUCAGAGUGUGUUCGAGGACAUAAACACAGAGCUGAGGGAGGAGCUGCCCGUCCUCUAUCAAAGUCGUAUCGGCUGCUACGUCACCGUGUUUCAGAACGUCUCCAACCUGAGGGACGUCUUCUACAAAGAGAUGAGCGUGUUAAAUCGCGACAUGUACAACGUCAUGAAGAAGCUGGAGACACAGCACUCCACCAAAACCUUCAUCAUCAAAGGCCUCAACAGUACCGCGUCUAAGAAGAGGAAAUCUCUGACCAUCUCUGCGCCCAUCCCCUGUAACACGGCGUUUCCUCCCGAUCAUCCGGGUCUGAGCAAACUCAGCGUUCCCGAAGAACUCGCGCACAAACACGCGGACACCACGCGCUCUGGUAACACGCCGCCGGGAACGUCCGACUCGGACGACUCGAGCUUUGCCGGAAGCACCCCGAGCACACCGAGUCGACAGUCCGUGUGCUCCGGGAGCGAGGGCGCCGAACAUCACGUGAGCGACGGGAACACGGCCGACGCGAACACGGCCGACGCGGCGGCGCAGCCGGGAAGCGAACACGCCAAAGAGGAACACGUUUCCGAGUCCGCUCCGUUGGACGACACACCCACGUCUGAAACUCAAGCUGAGGAGGAAGAUGAAGCAGAGGAGUCCAUCACCAUGACGACAAAUGAGGAGGAGACGGGACGUGAAGAGAAAGAAGACUGUGGAGGAGAAGGAGGAGGAGGAGAGCAGGAACAGAGUGAAGAGUUCCAGAAAGAACCAGAGGUCACGAGUCAGGAGACCGACGCAUCACGACCGCCUGGAUUCCUCUACAAGGCCGUUGCUCUGGAGACCCAGGAAUCGGACGAGGGUAUACUACUUCUCUUCACUAAAGGAGACCUGCUCCUCGUAUUUGUUGAGGAAGAAGAAGAAGAAAAGCCGGACGGCACUGUGUGGGCGAUCAGAGAACAGGACUGGAUCCAGUAUAAAGACCUGACUCUCCUCUCGGGCAUCGUCACGGAGACGAUGAUUCAGAGAAUCGACUCCUGAGUCACGUCUCACCAUUUGAUUCCUGACUCAGCAGCUCAGUUGACCCUGAGACCACAACACGUGCUUUCAGUUCUGCAAUCAGAGAACCCAAGUUCCUUCCUCAGCCGUCCUCUUCACUUUCAUUUACACGUUUCCAACAAACUGCAUGUUUUACACUUUACACAGGUGUGUGUGUGUGUGUGUGUGUGUGUGUGUGUGUCCUGACUGUUUAUUCAGUAUUCAGUAUUAACAGAGCAUUGUUACAGCUGAAGAUAUGAUUUCAGUGUUUAAAGUGCAAUCAUCAUCCUUCUAAAACUAUGCUUUUUCUUUUUUCUGAACUCUCAUCUCUUUCUCUCGCAAAAUUUGUAAAAUUAAAAAAGUGAUAUUAAUAUAGCGAAUAACUGUGAAACAUCCCGAACAUUUUAUAAACCCUUUUUUUUAAUGCGUACAAAUUACUAUUCAAAUUAUAUUCAAUAAAGAUUUAUGUCUAUAAUGUUUGUUU